GCGCGUGUCCCGGCUACAUGUCGAAAAGACACCUUCCUCCGUGGCAAGCGGGAGGAAGAGUACAGGGCCCGGGGGGCGGGGUUUGCAGCACCUGAGGUCGCCAUGGCUAACGAGCCCGAGACCCCUGUGGCCGCCUCGGCUGCGGAGCCCGCGGUGCCGUCGCUUGUGGAUCGUUACUUCACUCGCUGGUACAAAGCGGAUGUCAAAGGAAAACUCUGUCAGGACCACUGUAUACUACAACACUCUAACCGAAUAUGUGUCACCCUACUGUCAGGAUCCCAUGUAGUUCUUCAAAGUGGAAAAGCAAUUAAAAGCAUUUCCUAUCAAAUCAGUACCAACUGUAGCAGACUUCAGAACAAAGUCUCUGGGAAAUUUAAGCGGGGGGCACAGUUUCUAACAGAACUUGCACCUCUGUGUAAGAUUUACUGCUCUGAUGGAGAAGAAUACACCAUAUCUAGCUGUGUUAGAGGACGGUUGAUGGAAGUGAAUGAAAACAUUCUCCAUAAGCCAUCUAUUCUUCAAGAGAAGCCAUCCACCGAAGGAUACAUUGCAGUUGUGUUGCCCAAGUUUGAAGAAAGUAAAAGCAUAACAGAAGGGUUACUGACACAAAAACAGUAUGAAGAAGUCAUGGUGCAACGCAUCAAUGCCACAACAGCGACCUCAUGAGGAUUAAAAUUGAGUAAAAACAACAGGGCAUUCUUAUCCUUACCUGGCCUACCAGUCAGUGCACUAAGGAAGAACCAGAGAUGCUGAAAUGUACUUCACACCCGGCCAUCCUCAGGGAGGCCUGAUCUUAAAACCUGAUCUAGGUUUCCUUCUUUGACUUGCAUAACAAGCCUUGAUUCCAUUUUGUCUUCAGCCUCCCAGAUCUGCCUGCCCAUGUACUCACUCUGUUCUUUUGCUUUUCUCUUUCUCACAACUGACAAGCAACAGACGUUUUUCUGAUUAAAAACUAACAAACAAAGCACUUUGAGGAAAAUUUGAAAAGACAGAAAAGUAAAAAUAAUUUACCCAUCAUCCUGUAACCCAUUAGUAAACACUAGGUUUUGAUGUAGUUCUGUUUGAGUAUUAUGUCAUGGUUAUUGUUUUUGCCUCAAUUUUCCAUCACUUUGAAGUUGAAAAACAACUGGCCUUUCUUACCCAGUCUGCUUCAGUGUGACACGACGCAAACGUCUGGUGCCACCCCUUCUGCCCCAACUCCCCCACUCAGGUUGCUGGGAAGAGUCAGGGUGUAGAGUGUACCUUCUCUAUGUCUAUGGAUUGGCCUUCAACUCUGAACAAAUUAGCACUGUAACACUGGUUUCUUAAUGAGGGACACAUGAAAAGGCUUUGAAAGGGGCUUUGCUAACAUGGUAGUAUCAAUAUCAUAAUGCUGUAUGAAGUAACAUGUUUAUUUGUGGUCACUCAGCCUCACACUCUAGUUACAGGGUAACCAGCAAAGAAGUUCCCAAGAGGUUCCUGGAAUUCAAAGA